GAAACAUUAGUUAUACUCCCACGAACCCAAUCUCUGUUUGUCCUUUUUUUUUUUUUUUUUUCUUUUUCUUUAUCCAUGCGCGUUUUGGAGGACAGGCAGAAUGCACGAAGUUCAGAUCUCGUCUUUGAUACCAAUUUCAUAGAGCAAGUUCUAUAACAUUGUACAGAUCCGUGUCCCGAACAUGUUCAAUAAUAUGGAAUAAUUUUCUUCCUAGUUCAUAUGUCUGUGGAGCAACCUUUAACAUUCGCCUAUUUCUUCUUCUUCUUUUGAUAUAGCUCCAACGAUUAAUAUACUAUAUAACAUCGCUGUGGUGAUAACAUAAACAAUUGAAUCAUGUCGCGGAGACCGGCGAAUCCGUCUCGGCGAUUCGGGGACAGUGGAGGUGGAUUGUUUUCAUCUUCGAAAUCAAAGGCGUCACCGGUUUUGUCGGUUGGGCUCAUAAUUGUGGGAUGUCUGUUUCUCAUUGCGUAUGUGUACAAGGGCUCAGGCGGGUUUGGUAGCCAUUUGGAGUCUGUGAGCAGGGUUGAAGGAGAUUAUUUGUGUGCUAGAGAGGUCCUACGAGCAAUUCCCGUUUUGCAGAAAGCAUAUGGUGAUAGCUUACAUAAAGUUUUGCAUGUUGGUCCUGAUACUUGCUAUGUGGUCUCUAAAUUUUUAAAGGAGGAGGAAACUGAAGCCUGGGGUAUAGAACCUUAUGAUGUAGAGGAUGCUGAUGGUAAUUGCAAAGCACUUAUCCUCAAAGGCAUUGUGCGUAUGGCUGAUAUCAAGUUUCCUCUUCCAUACAGGCCAAAAUCUUUCUCUCUCGUAAUUGUUUCGGAUGCCCUUGAUUUCUUAUCUCCCAGAUACCUUAACAAAACUCUUCCAGAUUUGGCAAGGGUAUCAGCUGAUGGAAUAGUGAUAUUUACUGGUUUUCCAGAUAAUCAAAAGGCUAAGGUUGCAGAUGUUUCUAAAAUGGGAAGAGCGGCUAAGAUGAGGAGUUCAUCCUGGUGGGUUCGGUUUUUCCUUUCGAUUAACUUAGAGGAGAAUGAAACUGCUUCCAAAAAGUUUGCACAGGCUUCAACUAAGAGUUCAUACAUUUCAAAUUGCCAGAUAUUCCACCUGAAGUCUCUCCAUUGACUUUCAGGAAUCAGGAUGAUUACAUUUGUACCCUGUGUUUUCAUCUACAAUGCUUUCUUUUAUAAAGGCAAUUUAAUUAAUCAAAUUUUAUUCACCAUAAAAGGUGUAUCUGUUGCUGGCUUUAAUAGAUUUAUAUUCUUUGUCAUACCAGCUCUUGGCGGAAAAGGAUAAAUGAGUUUGGUAUUUAACUAAUUUAUCAAUUGAAUAGGUGAUCUAAAGUGUAGUGGCACUGUGGCAGUGAUUGUUGUACUUAAAGGGAUACUCCUUUUUCCUUGAGAUAUAAAUUGAAUCUCAUUACAUAUGCUGGAUUAAUCUGGUAAAA